AUGUUGGGUAAAUGUGAGAAAAUGGUAGUCACCCCUCCGACAAUGACUAAAAAAUGGACACAGAGUGAGAUAGAUGAUCAUAAGCUCUCGAUGGCUUCCUCUAGUAGGGUUAUGGAAAAACCAGGUCAAGAGCUUCAACAGCAGCAACAACAAGCCCUCAAUUGCCCUCGUUGUGACUCAUCAAACACCAAGUUCUGCUACUACAACAACUACAGCUUGUCACAGCCAAGGUACUUCUGCAAAGCCUGCAAGCGAUACUGGACAAAAGGUGGAACUCUGAGGAACGUUCCCGUUGGCGGUGGUUGCAGAAAAAACAAGCGUGUCAAACGCCCCACCUCCUCCACCAUUGACAACACUGCUUCUCCUUCUUCUUCUUCCAAUCCUAGUGCCAAUUCAAACCCUCCUUCUCAACCCCAGAUCGAUAGUACCGCUUCCACCUCAAAUCACAUCAAUCCAUUUUUUUAUGGGUUACCCACUAACUCUUAUGAUGUCAUGAAUCUUCAGUUUCCAAAGUUUAACUCUGGAGUCUCGAGUUCUGGGUAUGAUCUUCAGCCUCAGCUGAAUGCCCUUGGAUUAGGUUUCACAUCAGGGAUUAUGUCCAGUGAAGUUAGUCAUAAUGGUUACCGAAAUGGGUUUACUUCAAAUAACACUUUCCUUUCUCCUUAUAAUUCAAUCUUUGGUUCUUCUUCAACUUCUAUGGUUUCUACUCCUGCUAUGGCUUCCAUGCUGAACUCUACUCUAGUACAACAAAAGUUCAUCAAAGAUGGUCCAAGUAGCAACACUUUCCGGUGCUUAGCCCCGCUAGAAGAGCUGCAAAUGGAAGGUAAUAAUAUUGAGGCAGGGAUGAUGGAUUCAAAAGAAGUGAAAGUUGAAGAACAAAACAAGUUAGAGUUGAAUGGUGCUUGCCAAAAUCAGAUCGAACAUAUGGGCCUGUCUGAUCCUUCAUUUUAUUGGAACACAACAACAACUUUGAGUGCUUGGAAUGAUCAGCCUAAUAUUGGUCCUUCAGUAACAUCUCUGAUCUAGAAAGAAGAAGCAUCGUUUUGAAAUGUCUCUCUCUCCCUCGUUUAAGGUCAUGUUUUGGUUCUUUUCUUUUUAUUACUGCCACUUUUUUUUCUUUUGGGUCAAAAUGGGUUACUUAAUUACAUUGAGAAAGAAGAAAGAUACUUAAAGAUGGGAGGAGUUUGGGAUCGGAGUGAUCAUGUCAGCUGCAAAUAUAUUACACUUCAGCCUCUUAAUUUUAUGUGUCAAGGUUGAGAAUUCCUUAUAUUGCGCUGAGAGGAACCUCGGAUCCUCUUCUUCCAUCGAUCAUCGUCUGCACAGUCUUCCCUGUGGAGAUCAAAGGAGAUCCUUUGAUGGAUGCAAGUUCUUCAUAGUUGAGUAAGUUGGUCUUUCAUUAAUUUUGUAAUGUAUAUAUAUGCAAUGACAUGUCCUUUUUCCCUACUUUCUAAUGUAUUUUGAUUAGUUCGAUGGCGUGGGGGAUUUACUUGGAAUAUGCUAGCUGCUGUCCUUAAUGAAAGGAGCUAAUAUUGGUUUCAUUUUUGUUAAAUUUCUCAUGUCUGUUAAUGGGAGAUUAUUGGGGGUAUAAUAAUGGUAUAGGGGAGGGAGGUUAUUUACUUGGAUUUGUGUGAUUAAUGUAAGUGGGGUUGGUUUGGGGUCAUAUGUUCAACUUUGUGAUUCCUCUCAUCUAUUGAUGAUUCUAAUUAAGAAACUUUGGUCCA